GAGAGAGAGAGAGAGAGAGUGAAGCAGCAGUGAGUGAAUGUUUCUCUCCUCACUCUCAUCCUCUCGUCUGCUGUGGUUAUCAUGGACAUACAGUCUUCAUAUCAGCAGAAGUAACAGGACGAGUGAGUGGUCUUGACUGGGAUUCUGAAAGAGGCACCGAAAACAGAGGCGGGCCUACAUGCCUCGCAGUUUCAACAGACCCUUCAUCCUUCAGACAGACACAUCACAAACUGGACUUGGGGCUGUCCUUUCACAGACAAAACAAGUUGACAGAGUGAUCUGACAUCAGGAAAGCAUCAUGAGCACCGAAAAAGAGCGCAGCGUCCUGAAUGAUGCCGACGAGGAGAAGGAGGUGAAGGAUGAGAAGACCGCUGUGAAGGAGGAGCUGUCUGAGGAGCAGGAGCUGGAGGACCUAAGGGCUCAGGUGUUGCAGCUCCUGCUUGAGCUGGAAGAAGCUCGAGACACAGCUCAGAAACACGAGGAGAGCUUUCUGGAGCUGCAGGGUCUUCUUGAGGAGGAACGUUUAGCUAGUGCUCAUCAGGCGGAGGCCUUCACAAGACAGAUCCAGAGUCUGCAAGCACAACUUCGCUCUGUUCAGGAGGAGAUGGAGAGUCUGGAGGAGGAGAAGGAGAGCGAGCUCCUGGAGGCGCAGGAGGAGCUGCGGGUGGCGCAGGAGGAGGUGCUGCUCCAGCAGCAGGCGGCGGAGGACGCCGCGGCCGAAAGAGAGAACGACAUCGCCAGUCUGCAGGAGGAGCUCUGCCGCCUACGGGCCGAAAUCUCUCGACUGGAGAACACGGGACAGGAGUACGAGCUGGAGAUCGUCACACUCCGAGCAGAAAUAGAGAUGAAGAGCCUGAGCCGUCUCCAGCAGAGGAAGGAGGGUGAUGUGGGCCUGUUGAUGGAUGAAUGUAACAGUCUGAAGGAACAAUGUCAUGCACUGCAAGAUGAAAACACAAGACUGAAUCACAGACUGCAGAUGCUGCAGAAGAGGAGUUCAGGCAGUUCUUGCGUCAUUCUUAAAGAAGAACCGGAUGAGACAGAAGAGGAAAAACACACACAGUGUGGCACAGAGACAGAGACAGAAAGCUCUUAUAUGAGCUCCAGCUGCAGACUGGUGGACGCUGGGAUCCAGAAGAACAUAUCGUUUGAUGGCAAACCUGUGACCCCCACCAGCUGGACAGGAGGUUUCUCUGAGAUCCUCUCACUGAGAGAUCAACUGAAGCAGACAGAAGAGAAGGCCACACACGUGCAGCGAGAGUGUGAUGUACUGAAGAAUGAACUACAAAAUCUGCGGGAAGUGUAUGAGAGCAGUCAGAAGGAGCGAGCCGAGCUGGAGCUGGAGUUACUGCGCUGCAGGGAAGAGAUGGAGAGAACUGCUGAUGUCAAAGAGGAAUGAUGCUAAUAAAAACAUUGAUUUGUUGCUGGCAAUCUGAAAUACAUUGUGGAGAGCAAAGCAGUGUUCUCGUCUGAUGAAACUACGAUCAACACUCAUCACAGCCUCUACAGUAACAUCUGGAGUUAAAUGCUGUUUUUUGUGUGUCCUUUUGUCUUUUUGCAAUAACAACUAUCUUCUUAGACAAAAAAGGUUCCACCUAUAUUUUUCCUAUAAUAUUUCACAUGUACUUCAUAUUAGAUUAGCAAAUGUUUUUGAUUUAUUCACCACUUAGCUACUCUUGUGCUGUAGGCUUGUUGUAAAUAUCUUUAAUAUUAUGAUACGUUUAUAUUGUCGAUUUCUUCCUACUAUAUGAGAUGAAAUAUAUAAAAUAUAUUAAUUACGAGAAUUACGUUGUAGGAGGUUCUAAUUAAAAGAGAAUCUUAAAUUGUGAAUUUAAAAAAAUGAUUAAAUAUUUAAAAUAGGCCUAGAUAUUUGAUAACUUAGACAUUAUUUUGUGAAUUUACACAAUGCUAUUAGUUUGCAAAUUGCAAUAACUGAUAAUUUAUCUUUUUUUGUAUAUUUGUAUGCAUCUUCCAGCAUGAAGCAACACUACACUAUGUUGUCAUAUAGAUGAUUGUAUAUAGAUUUAUACACUGAUGAGAAGAAUCAACAAUUCAGCAAUGACCAUAGAGUUCUGGGGGUCUGUUGUCAACAUUUAGUGCAUGAACUCUGAAGGUCACGUAUGUAAAAAGUAAAUGUAAGUAGAUUUAACUGAAGCUGAGCUCAGGCUGGCUGAGGUGGCUGCUGUUAAUUUAAUCACGUGCUUUGGAUGAUUGUCACAUGACCCAAAUUCAGUUGUGUUCUGUUCUACAGAUGUCCAGUUCAUAUAUAAAUAAUUAUGUAACCUAUUCAUGUCACUUAAACUUUUUUUUUUUUCUAAAGUCAUGUCUGAAAUCUCUUUUCAUCAUGUUGCAACAUAAUUACAUUAUUUUGAACAAGUGAUCAAAAUUAUUUCAAAACUUGAUCUGUUUGGAAAACUUUAUCAAAGGCUUUUAAUAAGACAUUUCACAUAUGUUUACUUUUUUAAUCAAUGACCUUGAUUGUUCAAACCCUUUAUUGUACAAAGAUUUGGUUAUACAAUUUUAGAAUUUUUAAGAAUUGUUUAAAAAUGAAAAAAUGUAAGACUUGUAUUAAUUAUGUUUUAUGACUGAGCUGAUAAUCAGAUGACAUGUGAUAUUUACAGACCACUAACAUCUCUAAAUAAGCAAAAGAUUAGCUGAGAUUAGCAAAGUCUAGCAACAAAUUGAAUUUCUUCUUCUUAUUAUUUCUAUUCUUUUGUGACAGUGGUACCAAAAACUGUUGUAUUUAAAUAUUUAAGUAUAUUUUGAACAAUAAUGUAGAACAACCCUGAUGUUUAAUGUACUGAAUUAGCAAUUAACUGAAUUCCACUGUAUCCUUACAUUUAAUAAAGACAAAUUGAG